CUACAAUUAAAAAAUAAUUAUAGCAAUCGCGAGGUUCAGAAAUCGAUCCAAUAAAACCUAUCUCGUGUCCACGCUCACUGUAAAUUAUUUCUAUUCAGUUGUUCUGAUUCACUGUGUUUUUAGCUUUUUUGGGGUUCCUUUUUUUCUCUUUUGGGGCCCCUUCAUUCAUCUACAGGAAGUGGCAAAAACAGGGACAAAGACAAAGACAUAGUCUCGAACCCGUGACCGAUUUACAAACCCCACCUGCAUUACCGAUCUCGCAUUUUAAACAGAUAUUUUUAAGGCCGGCUGUCUUUUGCUUGCGAUCUGAGCUUGGAAACGCCUGGCAAAGGUCACGAGGUCGAAUCGCUGGAAGUCGUUUUUAUCUCGACACAUAUACAUAUUUUUCUUCUUCUUUGGCUCUUGCAAUACCGUUGGAGGGUGUGCCUGAAGAUAACAACUGUGCUGCUACUGCUGCCGUAACCCUAGCAGGGUACUAGAAAUUGGGAUCUACUGUAUCUUAGCAUCCAAGCAUCCAAACUGCAUCAAGAUUGCUCAGAUGUGAUAGUUUUAUGCUUUCAUGUCAAUGUUAUCAAUAGAUUUCGAACAAUAACGAAUCCUCAAAAAGAUUGAUGCUAUGGACAUGGGGGCAGGAUUUUGGAGUCGUUGUGUUCCGUUAUUGCAGAUGUUAUCAUAAUAUCGAUUACUUAAGCUGUAGACCAGGGGAAGACAGGGGCAAGUGUGUCAAUGGCAGACACUGUGAAUGUUAUAUUGGACUACCUGAAAAGGCACCAUUUUACAAAGGCUGAAGCAGCUUUGCGAGGGGAAUUGGUCAACCGGCAGGGCUCGAAUGGUUCUCUUCCCCUGUCUUUUACUGGUAACUUGUCUCUAGAAGGGAACAGAGAAGAGAAUGCUGAUGAAGGCAAGGAAGCUCGUGGAAGACAGGGAGCAGAAUUUCGAUGCUUUCAGAACAAAGAUGAAAGAUCAAAAUUUGUACCUGAAGACAUUGCUUUUGAUGAAGAAUAUUGCCAUAAAGGGGAAAAUAUGAAUAGUCAGUCAUUGGCUGAUGGAAGUUCCUUCCAGGAUAAUGUGACCGACACAGAACUUAUAGUCAAAGAGGUGGAGUGUAAUCCCAUUAAACAUGGACCUGGACAAGAGCACAUUAAUGGAAGAAACAAUCCAGUUAAUAAUGAAGGGGAACAGCAGCUUGUAUGUAACGAGCAAAGGACAAUGUAUGAUUCAGUGGGAACAAGUGAUACAGGAGUUAUGUUUCAGCAGGCCUCUGCAAGGUCUGAAAAUUUAUUUCUUCCAGACAAAUACGUGGGGAAUUUGGGUGCUGGACGCAUUGAGACCCUAGGCCCUUCAGAGGGUAUAAACAAAAACAAAAUUCACAAUGCAAAAAAAUUUGUGGACAUGGAAAAGGAAGAACUUUCUACAGGGUCCAACAGUGAUGUUCAGGGGUUGCCAAUGAAAAUUCCAGUAACAAUGGAGAUGAGGAAUGGCAAGAAAGCUCCGAGUGGGUCUUUGUUUGUGGAAGAGCUUGUUCAAUAUCCAUCAAAUCUCAUGUCACAAAAGAAUGGCAAAGGUAGUGCUAGGAUUCUAGAUUCAGAUGGAGACAGAAGUAUGCUGUCACUUGGAGAGAAGGGUGCUUUUAAUAGACCUGAAGAGAGAGUCUUGCGGUCUGAAGGAAAAUAUGCUCCUGCUGAAGGAAUGUUUGGUGAGCAAUCCAGGUUCGCCCAAGGUCCUGAAGCUGAUAUUCACUUCCCUUCAGGAGGCACAAGGAGUGAACAGGUUAAGCAUGAUAUUUUAUCCUUUUAUGAUCCCUUACCAGAGAAUAUACCUUUGAAACCAGAUGAUUCUAGGACAAUAUCCUUUGAUCCAUGGAAAGGAGGACGGAAUAAAACAGCUUUUCCAUAUCCAUUAAUUAGCAAUCCUGCUAACCCUGGACAACCAUUGCAAACUUUGAAUCUUGAACAAGCAGGUAAUAGUGGCAAAGAAGUUAACAGACAAGUAGUAUGGAAAGAGUUGGCGUUGGCAAAAGAAAGGGCUGAUUUACACAUUUUAAAGGCUCAAGAAAAUACUGAGCAAGAAAAGUUGGAGACUUUGGAAAUCAUGGUCACUCCAGAAAAGCCUUCGGAAGGGCUCCCAAGGUUGCCUCCUGUCAGGCUAAAGUCUGAGGAGAAGAAUCUCAACUUUCUGCAAGAAGGUCUUGAUAGGGGAGAGAAAUCAGACCAAACAGGAUCAAGCACAAAGGCUACAAACAUUGAGGGUUCAUUUCUACUAGGAUCAUUUCUGGAUGUACCUGUUGGUCAGGAAAUCUCCAAUUCAGGUGGGAAGCGUAUAAUGGGAAGCAGUCGAUUGUCUGUAAGCCAAGGUAUUGCUGAAGAUGCCUCAGAACUUGUUUCUGGUCAUGCUGCUAUUGGAGAUGGCUUAAGUGAAUCUGUUGAUUAUCCAAAUGAGUAUUGGGAUUCGGAUGAAUAUGAGGACGAUGAUGAUCUUGGAUAUAUCAGGCAGCCUAUAGAAGAUGAGGCCUGGUUUUUAGCUCAUGAGAUAGAUUAUCCCAGUGACAAUGAGAAAGGAACUGGACAUGGGAGCAUUCCUGAUCAGCAGGAGAGGGACGCUGGGAAGGAUGAGGAUGAUGACCAAUCUUUUGUUGAAGAAGAUUCAUACUUUUCAGGAGAACAAUAUUUUCAGUCAAAGAAUAUUGAACAAAUAGCUGGUUCAGAGGACCCAGUUGGACGGUCUACAACUGGAAUGUAUGGAACGAACGAUGACAGUGACUUAAUAGCUCAAUAUGAUGGGCAGUUAAUGGAUGAAGAGGAAUUGGCAUUGAUGAGACAAGAACCUGUAUGGCAAGGUUUUGUUACACAAAACAAUGAGCUUGUAAUGUUGGGUGGUGAGAGGGCUAUGAAUGAUCUUGAACGGCCACGGCCUGAAGAUUUUGGUGUUGAUGAUGAUCAACAUGGGUCAGUGAGGUCCAUUGGGAUAGGAAUUCAUAGUGAUGUAGCUGAUUUUGGUAGUGAAAUGAGAGAAAGCCUGGUUGGAGGGAGCAGUGAGGGUGACAUAGAAUAUUUCCAUGAUCGAGAAAUUGGUAUUUGUGGGUCUAAGCAAGUUCGAUAUGACCGAAGUAGGAGCUCUCAUGAACGGUUGGAGAAAGCCAAGGAAACUUUGACAUGUCAGGAUUCUUCUAAGUAUGAUGCUGUAGAUGAAAGCGAGGAUCACUUAACUAGCAGGAAUUAUGGUUCUUGGUCUGAUUGCAGGAAUAAUGGUAAUAGUCAAGCUGGGCAUAGUAGCUGUGAAGAUCAAGACACUGUCAAACAUGUUGUCAAAGGAAGGGAUGCUGGAAGCGGUGGUCUCGACUUUGGAGGAUUCUCUUUUCCAUCUCCUUCUAGCACUUGUGAUAUGGUGGGCUCAAAGGCAGAGUCUGGAAAGUCUCUUUGGUCAACCAAGGGGAAUAUGACACUUUGUGAGGACACAGAUGACUAUGGCAAUGAUAUUAUUGAACGUGAUGAUAUUUUGGCAUCAUGGAGGCGCAAGAGCAAUGAAUCUUCACCUGUUUUAAGCUCAAGGGAUGAGAAACAGGCUAAUGUGCAAAGGUCUGCACAUUCCACUGCUUCCACAUAUUCAAAUUAUGAACUUGGUGAAAGAGAACUGCAGAAAAGGGAUACAGAAGAAAAUAUGAAUGACUCCAAGGAAGAUGAAGAAGCAGGAGCAAUAGAUGAUGAAGAGGCUGCAGCUGUUCAAGAACAAGUCCGACAGAUAAGGGCGCAGGAGGAUGAGUUUGAAACAUUUACACUGAAGAUAGUGCACAGGAAAAAUAGGACUGGAUUUGAAGAAGAUAAAAACUUUCAUGUUGUUCUAAACUCAGUGAUUGCUGGACGCUAUCAUGUUACUGAGUAUCUGGGUUCAGCUGCAUUUAGCAAAGCAAUACAAGCUCAUGACUUGCACACAGGCAUGGAUGUUUGCAUGAAGAUCAUAAAAAAUAACAAGGAUUUCUUUGAUCAGAGCCUUGAUGAGAUAAAACUUCUUAAAUAUGUAAACAAGCAUGAUCCUGCCGACAAGUACCAUAUUCUACGCUUAUAUGAUUACUUUUACUAUCGGGAGCAUUUAUUUAUUGUGUGUGAACUUCUGAAGGCAAACUUGUAUGAGUUCCACAAGUUCAAUAGAGAGUCUGGAGGAGAGGUCUAUUUCACCAUGCCAAGAUUACAGUCAAUAACAAUUCAAUGUCUGGAGGCAUUACAUUUUUUGCACACACUUGGCCUCAUUCAUUGUGAUUUAAAACCAGAGAACAUUCUGGUUAAAAGUUACAGUAGGUGCGAGGUGAAGGUUAUAGAUCUUGGCAGCAGUUGCUUCCAAACAGAUCAUCUUUGCUCAUAUGUGCAGUCUCGUUCGUACCGUGCACCUGAAGUUAUAUUAGGCCUUCCUUAUGACAAAAAGAUUGACAUCUGGUCACUUGGUUGCAUUCUUGCUGAGCUUUGCUCUGGCAAUGUUCUUUUUCAAAAUGAUUCCCCUGCAACAUUGCUUGCUCGAGUGGUUGGAAUAAUUGGAUCAAUAGAUCAAGAUAUGCUUGUUAAAGGGCGUGACACAUACAAGUAUUUUACUAAAAAUCACAUGUUAUAUGAACGGAAUCAGGAUUCAAACAGACUGGAGUACUUGAUACCUAAGAAGACUUCGUUUAGACACCGGCUUCCCAUGGGGGAUCAAGGAUUUAUUGAUUUUGUUGAGUACCUUCUUGAAGUCAAUCCAAGCAAACGACCUACUGCUACUGAGGCACUGAAACAUCCUUGGCUUUCUUAUCCAUAUGAACCUAUCUCAUCUUGAUCCCACAAAUUCUCUUCUACAGGAUGAUACUCACAAAGUGUUUCACAUUCUUGUAGCAUAAUACCACAACAUUUGUGAAAUUCUUUAUGCUUUGCUAACAUUCAUAGAAGCUACCCUCCUUGAGAGCAAAAAGGAUGGAUGGCACUAAUUUUGUCGUCAGGACAAAUGUUAGUUCUGGAGCCAAUUGUGGGGAAAAUGCCAUGUUGCUUCAUUUCUCGCUAACAGAAUGAACUGUUAGAAUACUUUCACCCCUGAAGCAUCAUCUGUCAACUACUGCACAUCUUGCAGUCAAAAGGCAUCUAUGCACGUUGUAUAAAGGUCACAACCAUGGCACUAAGUUUAAAUUGAAAGAUUGGUCAUGCCAGCUUGUGUUCAUUCAGGUGUUCAAGUAUGGUGGUUUGCUUUGCUUUCAUCUUUCUUAAAGAAGGUUGAGCUGCACCUUGAUAAUGUUUUGUAACAGGCCUUCUAGGUGUGGAUGUAUGUCAUAUUUACUGCGUUCUUGAAGUUUUCAUAGAAGUAUUCUUAUUUAUCUGGAAGUGAACUUUUGUUCUUCAAAGACAACAUAUGGUUUUGAAGGUGUAAAUGUUCUAAAUUAGAGUUCCUUUCAAUCAAAAAUAUCAGCCAUGUAAGAUUGUAUCUC